AUGUCACUUUCACCCAAAUUAGAAGAAAUUGUCAGCUCAAUUGAAAAAUCAUUUGAAAUUAAAGAUGAUUUUUUAGUCAAGGCAACUGAGUAUUUCAUUGAAUCAAUGAAUGUUGGUUUGGAAUCACCAAAACCUUCAAAAGAUGUCAUGCCUAUGAUUCCAACCUAUGUUACUUCAAUUCCAACUGGGAAAGAAGUAGGGCUAUAUUUGGCAGCUGAUUUAGGUGGGACUAAUUUCAGAGUUUGUUCAAUUGACUUGAAAGGUGACCACACAUUUUCCAUGAAACAAAGCAAGUAUCGAAUCCCUGUGGAUUUGAUGAAAGCAGAAAAGUCCAAUGAUUUAUUUGGUUUUUUGGCAAAGAAAGUCCAAUCUUUCUUACUUGAAAACCAUUCGGAAGCCUGUACUGCAAAAAACACCGAGCCCCUCAAGUUGGGUUUCACUUUCUCUUUYCCUGUUAAUCAAACUGCAUUGAAUCGUGGAACAUUAAUCAGAUGGACCAAAGGUUUUGAUAUCCCUGAUACUGUUGACCGUGAUGUUGUUGAGUUAUUACAAGCAAAUUUGACUAUCUUGGAAGUCAAUGUCAAAGUUGUCGCAAUUGCAAACGAUACUGUUGGUACUUUGCUUACUGCUGCUUACUCCAAUGACUCAGCAAAGACAAACAGAAACACAAUCAUUGGUUGUAUUUUUGGUACAGGAACWAAUGGUGCUUAUUUCGAGUCAAAAAUUCCCAAAUUAUCCAGUUCGACUGGUGACAACAAAGGUAUGGUCAUCAACACAGAAUGGGGUUCAUUUGACAACGGCUUAAAGAUCUUGCCUUCCACUGAGUUUGAUGAAAUUGUCGAUUCCGAAACCGCUAACCCUGGUUAUCACUUGUUUGAAAAGAGAAUCAGUGGAAUGUUUUUGGGAGAGAUUUUGAGGGUUGCUUUGAUUCAUUUAUUUAAAAAGGGUUUGAUUUUCCAAGAGUUGUACAAGGCAAGAGGCGGAUCAUUGCCACAUCGCAUUGAAGAGCCAUGGUUGUUGGAUGCUGAAGUGUUGUCUUAUCUUCAGAUUGACGACUCUACCGAUUUGAAAACGUCAGGUCUUAUUCUCCAAAAUGUUUCUCAGAUUGGAAACCAACAAGGAGGAACGUGA